AUGCCGGAACGCGAGCGCGUGGACGUGUCUUUGGUCGCCCUGGCGACGCGGGCGGUGACGAACGAUGCGCGGUCGCGGUACGAGGGGGCGAAGGCGACGUUGGGGUCGAUGACGGGGGCGUGGGACGUGAAGGAUGACGAGGGGGGGAAGAAGCGGGCGGCGCGCGGGACGCGGCGCGCGGACGAGACGUCUGCGUAUAUGCUCCCGAGAGAACGCAGGCACGCGCCGGUGAAGGCGACGAAGACGAACGAUCGAGGGCCGAGCGCGCUGGAGACGCUGCGGGAGCGGUCGAGGACGCUGACGACGGACCUGGACGAGGCGUUGACGGCGGCGAGCGAGGCCACGGCGGAUCGAAGGCGCUCGGCGGAGGAUCUUCGCGCGAGUGGGUCGCGACGAGGCGCGAGUUUGGCGGAGAAAUCGGCUCUGAAGGAUGCGGAGGAAGCGUUGAGGCACGCGGAGGCGGCGGAGCGACGGGUGAAGAGUGAAGCGGAACGACGGGUGAAGCUCGCCGAGGACAAGGCGAGAAAAGAACAGAAGGAUAAGGAGGCGAAAAAAAGAGCAUCGGCGGCGGCUGCGACGGUGAAAGAGACGAAGACGAAGCCCGCGGAUAAGGCAAAGACGAGUUCGUCGAAAAAGUCCGCUUCGUCUCCGCAGCUGACCAAGCUGAAGAACAACCCGAACGCCGUCGUGGAGGUUUGCAAAUUCGUCGUCCCAGCUCUGUUCGCUUGGAUCAUUCGGCAACCGCGAAUCAAUCAACUUAAGAAGCGCAACAAAGAACUGCAGAGUAAGUUUCAAAGCUCGACGCUUAAUAAGAACGCGUCGAACAUCGACGCGUCCAAGCUUCGUCAGCAAGUUGUCGAGCUUCGCGAAGAGCGCGACGCCGCGUUGCGCGAAGCCCAGGACAGCAGAGACGCGGCUGAGUCGGUGAUGCAGCGUAGGAAGCAGCACAAGGAGGUUACGAUUAAAAAAAUGGCCGCCGACCACUCCGCGCAACUGAAAAAGGUUCGCGAGGAAACGGCCAAGGAAAUCAAGGAAGCCAAGGCGUUGGAGGUGGGCGCGCGGUGGCGCGAGAACGCGUGCAGACGCUUGAAGAAUCAAGCCGAGGCGCGAGCGAGCGAGCUGGAAAAGAAAAUCGAAGAGCUCGAGCGUAAGAUAAACGCGCUGGAAAACGUGAAAAAAGCGGCUCAAAACGUCGGUCAAGGAGUUCAGAACGCGGCCAAGGGCGCCGUCGAGCUGUUCCGUCGAGGUUCGAUGCGCAUCACGGGAGGCAACGCGGCUCCGGCGGGCGCGCAAGAAUCGAUGCCAAUCGAGAACGACGCGCCGUCUUCGUCGAAGAACAACAAGAAAGGCAGGAAAUGA